AUGAAGACAAAUGGAACAUUACCUGUCAUAGUGAAGGAAACCAUUGAUCUAAACGAUAAAGAAAAACAGAUAUUCGAUCGAUUGCAUAAAGUUAUUGCUCAUUUCAAUCUUGAAACAAAGCUUCGUGUUGUAGGUGGAUGGGUACGCGAUAAACUUUUAGGAAAAGAAUGUUACGAUAUCGAUAUUGCUCUUGAUAACAUGUUAGGAAGAGAGUUCUGUGAAAAGAUAAACGAGUAUUUAGUCUCCACAUGUGAAGAAACACAAGGAUUUGAUGUUAUUCAAAGCAAUCCGGAUAAAUCCAAGCAUUUGGAAACAACAAGAAUGAGCUUAUUCCAUGUCUGGAUUGAUUUCGUGCACUUGAGAUCCGAAGAUUGCAAUUUACAAUUCGGUUCACCAAAAGAAGAUGCGUAUAGAAGGGAUCUUACAAUCAACACCUUGUUUUACAACAUCAAUACAUGUUUAGUUGAAGAUUUCACAAAAAGAGGGUUGGAUGAUUUGAAAUUUGGGAAAAUCGUGACACCAUUGCCACCAAAAGUGACGUUUUUGGAUUAUCCAUUGAGGGUUCUUAGAGCAAUUCGUUUUAGUACAAGGUUUGGUUUUGAAAUGGUGGAAGAGUUAAAAGUUGCAGCUUUAGACAAUGAUGUGAAAUCCGCAAUUUUGGGUAAAGUUAGUAAAGAACGAAUGGCCUUUGAGAUUGAUCUUAUGGUAAACGGGAAUCAACCUACUAAAGCAUUAACUUACAUUUAUGAUUUAGGGUUGUUUUCGAUUGUCUUCACACCACCUACAAAUCACAAGCCUUUAAUUUUAGAAGAACAUGAGAAAAGUUGUGUUGAGUAUAUGGAUUUGGCAUGGAGACAAUUUCAUGAAGUGGGAUGUAAUUUUAUAGAUAAACAAAGGAGACUUUAUUUGUAUGCGUCUUUGUUUCUUCCAAUUAGGAACACUGUUUAUGUAGAUAACAAAGACAAAAUGGUAUACGUUGUGAAUUAUAUAUUAAAAAAUUCUUUAAAGUUUGUUGGCUUAAAGACAUAG